AUGAAAUCAGCGUUUUAAAUUGGAAGUAUUUAGCGAAAUUCCAGUAAAAUUAAAGAAAUCUAUCAAAAAAAAAAUGAGAUUUAUUUCAAAAAUGUAUUUUAGUUUAUUUUUUAUUAACUCCAACAACCAUCCUAAAAAUUGCUUAAGAUUGAAAAUUAUGUUAUCAGAAUAAUUAAAUUUGUAUAUUCAACCAUCUCGCUAUAUAAUUUCUAAUAAUUUAAUUUGAACUGGCUCAUAGUCAAAUUUUGCUAUACUUUAUUAGAUAACAAUAGAUAAUAUAAUUUUCCUUAUUUUACUUAAUAGAUUGUUAAAUUCAGUAUUAGAUGUAUUAAUUAUACAUAAAAGAAUGGUGAGGUUUAAAAAAUUAACUAGUCAAAAAUAAUUUGCAAUAAUAUCCAUUUUUAUUUAAACAAUCAAAAUCUUGCAGUAUAAACUAUAUAAUUGAUAGUCGGAUAGCAUAAAUGGAAAAAUUCUUAUUCGUUUUAGGACUAGCAUUGGUUGCAUUUUAAAAAAUAACUUUACAUUUUUUUAUUUGUAAAGCAUUUCGCAUAGACUUAGAUUGUUAGUAUUUAUAGGCUAUUAUGA